AUGACGCGUUUAAAAUACACGGUAAUACUAAUGCUAACAUUAGAAUUGGUGAAUAGUCAAGAGAUAGAAUACUAUCCAUCUCAAUCUGCGUUAAAUGGAUUUAAUGCAAAGGCAAAUGUACAUAAAGUGAUAAGUAAAAGAGAUCUUCAAAGUAAAGUGAUAAUAAAUGUGGAAGAAAGCCUUGCGAAUAAGAGUACAAAUUUUAAAACUAACCAAGGGGCAAGAAAACGGGCUACAGACCCAGUGUUUUAUGGACACCCAAAAACCAGAGAGGAAAUAUGGAAUGAACAUUUUCUUCAAAAAAGUACAAUAUUUGACCAAUCUGAGUCGUUAAUAAAGUUGGUUCACAAUAUAACUUUGACAUACCUAUAUGAUUGUACACCAGUGAUACUUUACGAUAGUCAAGUAAAGUCCAAAGAUAGUUACUUAUUCCAGGAUUUGCUUAAAGGCUUUCCAGUGACUUUUAUUCAUGGAUACAUUAACGACAUCGAUCAGUUGGAGGAACCAAAGUUGUUGAAGGGAACUUCUGAAUGCCAUCAUUUUAUAGUUUUCUUGCUUGACGUUGGAACCAGCGGUAAAGUGUUAGGAAAGCAAUCAGAUAGUAAAGUUGUGGUAAUAGCUAGAUCGUCUCAAUGGGCAGUUCAAGAAUUCCUUGCUGGGCCAUUAUCGAGGAUGUUUAUCAAUUUAUUAGUUAUCGGACAAAGCUUUAGGGAAGAUGGUGACUAUACUUUGGAAGCGCCCUACAUUUUGUACACACAUAAAUUGUUCAUCGAUGGUCUUGGAGCUAGUAAACCUGUCGUGCUAAAUUCUUGGACACGUGGAAAGUUCUCUAGAGAGGUAAACUUGUUCCCAAAAAAAAUGACUGAUGGCUACGCGGGUCAUAGGUUUGUUGUUGCUGCUGCUAAUAAGCCACCGUUCGUAAUUAGAAGGAUAAAAUCGGAUGCCGAUGGUGGUAACCCGCGAGUCACCUGGGAUGGUAUUGAAAUAAGGAUGCUUAAGCUGUUAUCUGUAAGAAACAAUUUUUCGAUAGAAAUUAUCGAUGCAAAAGAUCAACUUUUAUUAGGUCCAGGGGACGCCGUGGCCAGAGACAUAUCAACGGGUCGAGCGGACAUAGGCGUGGCUGGCAUGUACAUGACUUCUGAAAGAGGACAUUAUAUGGAUCUAUCUGGCGCUCAUUCACAGGAUUGUGCUGUUUUUAUCACUUUGAUGUCUACUGCUUUACCUAGAUAUCGAGCUAUCCUUGGUCCAUUCCAUUGGCAUGUCUGGGUAGCACUAACGUUCACUUAUCUCUUCGCCAUUUUCCCCUUGGCAUUCUCCGACAAACAUACCUUACGCCAUCUUCUUCAUAACAGUGGUGAAGUUGAAAAUAUGUUUUGGUAUGUCUUCGGUACCUUCACUAACUGUUUCACCUUCGUGGGAAAGAAUUCGUGGACCAGAACGACUAAGAUCACCACAAGACUACUAAUUGGAUGGUAUUGGUUGUUUACAAUAAUUAUCACGAGCUGUUACACGGGAUCUAUAAUUGCGUUCGUCACGUUGCCAGUGUUUCCUGAAACCGUUGAUUCUAUACCACAACUUUUGAGUGGAUUUUAUCGUAUUGGCACUUUGGAUCGUGGUGGAUGGGAGAGAUGGUUCUUCAACUCUUCUGAUGAUUUGACAAACAAGCUCUUAAAGAAGAUGGAAUUUGUGCCCAAUGUAGAAGCAGGCAUCAGGAAUACAACCAAAGCAUUCUUCUGGCCAUAUGCCUUCUUGGGAUCACAGGCUGAGUUGGAAUACAUUAUUCAGACGAAUUUUACUAAAAUCAAAUCAAAGCGAGCAGUGCUUCAUAUAUCAAAUGAGUGCUUUGUCCCAUUCGGAGUAACAGUUGGUUUUCCCAAAAACGCUCUACAUACCUCCAAGCUAAGCAGCGACAUACGAAAUAUGUUACAAUCAGGAAUCAUUGCUAAACUUGGCGAUGAAGUUCGUUGGGAAGUACAGAAAAGUAGCAAUGGAAGACAAUUAUCGGUAGGAAAGGGACCGCUAAAAUCCGGCGCAGUAGAAGAAAAAGGUUUGACAUUGGAAGACACGCAGGGCAUGUUUCUUCUUCUAGGAGCUGGGUUUUUAAUGGCAGUGACAUCGCUUCUUUCUGAGUGGAUGGGAGGCUUUACUAACCGAUGUCGAGCCAUGAGAAACAGAACUAGGAAAGAGAUAGAAAAUAAUAUCAGUGUUUCUGAAGAAAAUCUUUUAGCUACUCCAAAAUCCACAGACGAUAAUAUUAAAAUAAUGGACAGUACAGUAGGUCGACUUAAUAAUUUUACAAGAUCUAUCAGCGCUGGUUCUAGGGAAACCUUGGACGGGCAGAUAAUUAACAUUACUGAAGAAAAUAUCUUGGUUCAUAAUAAUUUGGACACUGAUGCUUGGGGUUCUCGAAGGUCGAGUUCCGUAGAUCUAGAUAGGGAAAUCAGAGAGAUAUUUGAAAAGGAUGAGAGUAGAAAAACGAUGGUAGACGAGGACGUUGUGGAAGUAGAUGACGAAGAUAGAGUAGAAACUGCUCGCAAUGGCGCCCUGUUUGGAGAUCGAUUGAAGUCCAAAAUAUAA